AUCGCGUGUUCGGCUGCAUUCGUGUGUUACACUAACUAAUGGAGUGACACGACGUAUGUCAAAGAGGUGUAUAUGCUGUGGUCGCACGUUCGCAAUGAUCCAUACCCGUGCUCCCUUCCGCAUUCACGCUUUCUCGUGAUCGGCGAAUCAAUCAGAGAAAUCAGUCGAUAAAUGUUGGUGCAUCAAUACAGCCGAUGAAAGAUAUUAUCAAGGCGCGCACAGUCGCACCGAUCGCUCCGCAGCCCGCAGCCCGCAACCCGCAGCCAUACGCCAGAUGUAUGGGCGCGCGUGCGCGACCGUAAUCACCACCGUGCGACCAUACUCACACAUUUGCGCGAUCGUUGACGACUGGCGUAGCUACGUUCAUAGCACACAUACACGUGUGCGCGACCGCUACACGUCAUAAGAGCUGUGAACACGCUGCCGUAUGGCUCAGACUACGUUCUAGAGUAGCGCAAGCCGGCAAGUUGUCGCGGACAUUCUAGCGAGUGUGACAUUCCGUGUUUAUUAAUUUUUUUCACCGACUGUUCCGGCUCUUUUUCAAGCAUCCGCCGUGUUUGCGCAUACGUGACGAGCAAGCAACGUCAAUAACAUGUGUGGGAUUUUCGCUUAUUUGAACUACUUGACACCGAAGAGUAGGAAGGAGAUCUUGGAAUUGCUAGUUGUUGGCUUGAAAAGAUUGGAAUAUCGCGGAUAUGAUUCUGCAGGCGUCGCCCUCGACAGCGCGGAUGGCAAGGACAUCUCGAUUAUUAAAAAGCAGGGAAAGGUCAAAGCUCUCGAGGAGGAGAUAUUUUGCCGUACCAAUCUCGAUUUCGAAUCGGAAACUCAUUGCCACGUCGGCAUCGCUCACACGCGAUGGGCGACUCAUGGUGUGCCGUCGGAAGUGAAUGCUCAUCCUCAGCGGUCCGAUAGUGAACAUGCCUUUGUCGUUGUUCACAAUGGUAUCGUUACGAAUUAUAAGGAAGUCAAGACUUUGCUGCAACAAAGAGGAUACGCGUUCGAGAGUGACACCGAUACCGAAGUUAUCGCCAAACUGAUACACCAUCUCUGGGUACAGCACCCCGCGUAUUCAUUCCGUGAACUGGUCGAGCAAGUCGUCCAGCAAUUGGAAGGAGCUUUCGCCCUUUGUUUUAAAAGCAAGUACUUCCCGGGCGAGUGCGUGGCCACGAGGCGAGGAUCGCCGCUUCUCGUUGGCAUCAAGACAAAAACGAGACUGGCCACCGAUCACGUGCCUAUCUUGUACGGGAAAGACGACCUUCAAUGUGCAAUAAACAAAGAUCAUCGUCCGCAUGGCAGGAAUCCAGAACUUCCGGUCAUACCGCGUAGCGAGAGCACAUCCGAAUUUCAACCCCUCGAGGACAAGGAAGUCGAAUAUUUCUUUGCUUCCGACGCAAGCGCUAUAAUCGAGCACACAAAUCGCGUGAUAUUUUUAGAGGACGACGAUGUAGCUGCCGUUAAGGAGGGCGCACUGAGCAUUCAUCGCCUUCGUCGUUGCAUGGACGAUCCUCACGCCCGCGAGAUUACAACGCUCAAAAUGGAAAUUCAGCAAAUCAUGAAGGGCAAUUACGAUUACUUCAUGCAAAAGGAGAUUUUUGAACAACCGGAGUCGGUGGUGAACACCAUGAGAGGACGCUUAAACUUCCAGGACGAUUCCGUCACUUUGGGCGGAAUUAAAGAUUACAUUCCCGAAAUUAAAAGAUGCAGACGUCUCAUGCUGAUCGGCUGUGGCACAAGCUACCAUUCUGCUAUAGCUACGCGACAGCUUCUCGAAGAACUGACAGAAUUGCCGGUGAUGGUCGAACUAGCAUCUGAUUUUCUGGACCGUAAUACGCCAGUCUUCAGAGACGACGUUUGCUUCUUUAUUUCUCAAUCGGGCGAAACAGCCGAUACAUUAAUGGCUCUGCGUUAUUGCAAAAGCCGUGGGGCUCUUAUUGUGGGGAUAACGAACACGGUCGGCAGCAGCAUUUGCCGCGAGUCCCAUUGUGGUGUGCACAUAAACGCCGGUCCCGAAAUCGGCGUGGCGAGUACCAAGGCUUACACUUCGCAAUUCAUUUCUCUCGUGAUGUUUGCGCUAGUGAUGAGCGAGGACAGAAUCUCCCUUCGUGCAAGACGUUUACAAAUCAUCGAGGGUCUGAAAAAUCUCGAUAAUCUCAUUCGCGAGGUACUGAAGCUUGACGAUAAAGUCAAGGAGUUGGCUAAAUCUCUGUUCCAACACAAAUCCUUAUUGAUUAUGGGUCGCGGAUAUAAUUUUGCCACAUGUAUGGAAGGCGCACUCAAAGUAAAAGAAUUGACGUAUAUGCACAGCGAAGGAAUUAUGGCCGGUGAAUUAAAACAUGGACCAUUGGCUCUUGUUGACGACUCUAUGCCGGUGAUUAUGAUCGUGAUGAGAGACCCGGUGUAUGUGAAAUGCAUGAACGCACUGCAACAAGUUACCGCGCGCGACGGCAAGCCGAUCGUUAUCUGCGAGGAAGGAGACGAAGAAACGAUAGCGUUUGCCGAUAGAGCCCUUGAGAUACCUAAAACUGUCGACUGCCUGCAAGGAAUUCUCACUGUCAUUCCCAUGCAGCUAUUAUCCUUCCAUAUCGCGGUUUUACGCGGUUGUAACGUCGAUUGUCCGCGAAACUUGGCAAAAUCGGUUACAGUAGAGUAAAGGCCGGACAGAUUGUUCGAUGAACUUUUUCGUAACUGUGUUAUAACUAGACCAAGACGAUGGCUGCGAAAUUUUUUUUCAAGUUAGACGAAAACAAGAAUCAGAAAAAAUUAUCGGAGUAUAUUACGCGAUAUAUAUAUUAAUAUAACUGGGGCGUCAGUGCUUCUAUGAUUUUGAAUCUCGUUAACACUUGAAACUCGUUGCUUGUUCGUGUUUUAUAUUUGUGAUGAUGUCUAAUAAUUGACUUGAUAAAAUUAAAAAAAUUGAAUAUAAAAAUAUUCAUUGAUGCGCACAGUGCAAAGACAAGAUCGAUAACAGAAGUCAAAUGACAGAUCGUAUAUUAGCUUAUAAUUUUUUUUAUGCAAUCAAUCGCAUUAUAUAUGUAUUUUUUUGCAUUUUUUGGAAUAAUGAUAUUCUUAAACGUAUUUAAUCCCAUCGCAUUUAACAUAUUCAUAUUUUAACUUGUGUGAUAUAUGGUCUAUUUUUUUUUAUUAUAAUCAUCUAUUUUUUUAAAGCAUAAUUGAUGCUUUUUGUUUGAAAGGAUGCAGUGUGAUAUAUUUCUUCACAAUUGAAUUAAUUUGCUACGAUAGAAAUUUUUAUACGUAUGCGAUCAUGAUAGAUAAUACACGCGACGUCCAAAUCGUAUGUAUGUAUCUGUAUAUAUUCCCAUACAUGUUAAAUACAA